UGUGCGACUGAUACGACGACAAAAACAACAACAUCGACGGUCGCGAUACUGUUAUUAUUAAACAUAAUAUUUUUAUCGUCUUCGUUUGUCGUUUCGGCGUCGACACGAUCGCCGUCGCCGUCGCCGCCGUCAAUCCGCAGGGUCGUCCGUGCUACUGGGCAGCCCUUUGCGCGCGCACGUGUGCGUGUGCGCUUGUGCUCGUUGCCGCCGCCGCCGACUCGACGUGCUCCUCUCGCUCUGGCGACGCGCGGCGCUCGUCGUCACACACGGACACCGAACGUCGACGUUCGGACGUGUACGUUGUUCGCCGUCGUGGCGCCGUACUUGUUCCGACGGUAGCCGGUGGUCACCGUAAUAAUUCUGUCCCGUCGCCGCCAGCGCGCGCGAAAUCCUCGUCAUUCCGCUCGCGUACUCUUAAGCACCGAUGGCAGUGCGGGCCCCAGCCAAAAAUGACUGUAGCUGCGAGCAGACUAGCUUACAUUUACAUGCCGAAAUUGAAAAUUUAAAACAAAAACUAUUAGAAAGAGAAAAUCACAUUGUCAACAUGGAGACUAAUUUUCUUUGUGAAGCGGAAAAAUUCCCUCAUGGGGAGUAUGCUGCACUAACAGAUGAAAUAUUAAUAUGGCAAGACAAAUAUUCUAGAUUAUUAGAAUCACAUAAGAGAGUUCAACGAGUUAACCAAAGUCUUGAGGAUAAAUUAUUGCUACUUGUUGAUAAAACUGAAUCAGAAAAGAAUGUAUUAAACUCAGAAAUUACAAUAAUAUCUCAAAAACUGGUUGACCAACAAUUUCAACUGAAUCAAUUAAAUGAUGAAAAUGAGAGGUAUAAAAAUGAUCUAAAUAUUGCUAUCCAAUUACUUCAGUGUAAACCAUCGCAUUUUGUUUCUCAAAAAUAUGAUAAUCUGCCAAGUGAAAUACAAUCCAAAGUUCGAAAUUAUAUUUUUAGCAAACAACGAAGAUUGUCAGAUGGCAAUGGUAACAUAGCACAGAAAUCAGAAGGAAAAACUAUAAAAGUACCAAUUCCUACAUUUCCUCCGACAGCAAUGGUUUAUUCAUUGAGUAAUGAUAAAGAUAUUAAGUCGUCAAGAGACGCAGAAGAAGGUUCAGCACAACCUGUAAACAAUGUUUCAGCAGCAAUCUUAGCAAAAGUUUUAGAAGAAAGAGUCAAAGAUCGGUUAACUCAACGGCACUGUUCUACGUGUUCGUGUGCUAAUAAAAGUGGUGACUUUAAUCCAGACCAACAAGAAUGUCAUUCACCUCUAACUGAUUCUUCUAAUAAGCGAGGUCGCGCCUUCACUAAACAUAGUAAACAACCAAUGACUACUAAAAGUUCAGAAUCUCUUGUAUCAGAACCAGAAUUGACAUCAUAUUUUGAAAACAAUGUAUCUUUAACAGAUUCCUCUGAUAGUGGACUAAAAUUAUCAACUCGGUCUAGAUUAUGUUCAGUACGUUUACAAGAAGGAAGUAAUAAUAUAUUGUUAGAUAAUGCUGCGACGCCAUACACAGGUCCUGUACUCUACAAAAGUCGUUCUUCUAGCGGCGAGUACGAUGAACCUUUGGUACACUCACAAAAAUUGGUUGACCGUAAUAUCCAUGUAAAUGAACAUACACGCAUAUUGAUUUCAGAUGAGGAAAUUAUUUAAAAGUUAUACAUUUGGUAAGAAUACGAGUGAAUGUGAUUUGUUUGACAAUAAUUAUAUUAGGUGAUUAAUUAAAUUAAAUAUAUAUUAA